AUGAUUAACAGGGCUAUAGGAGUGCUGCGUGGUAAGAUUACCAAUGCCAUGGCCCACGCUCCCCCUCCCCCAAAACCCCACGCAGAAAUGAACGUGGUUGAGAUCGUUGAAUACAACAAGAUUCCCAGUAUGAUCUCGUAUGAUAGAUGGUGGUUGUUUACCUGGUUUGUAAUGGUACCAGUAACUAUUGCUACCGGUAUUAACGCCUGGAUUGUCGAGAAUGAGCAUCUUUCUCAUGGACCUCCUCCUUAUAUUCCUUAUGAUCAUCUUAUUCGGACGAGGCCAUACCCCUGGAAGGACGGUAAACGCUCUCUCUUCCACCACGAACAAUACAACCCCAUUCCUGGCGAGGGUUACUCCUGGCAGAAGAACGAAGAGGACGAUGAGUGA